CGGUGCUUGCUCGCUUGAUUCUGGGCUUCACGGCCGCCGUACAUCAACAUCAGUUGGCGUGCAAUUCGCACUUGUUUCCUGUAUCACUCCGCUGCAGUUAUGGCGGCGGUCAGUAAGUAUCUGACAGCCAAGCACUGUUCCUUGGCAGGUGCAGCAGUUGUUGCUUUGUAUCUGUUAAAGCGACGACUACAAGGACAUUCUCCAAAGCUUUACAGCAGAAAAGGGAGCCCAGUCGUAAAAACUGAGAAAGUUGUGCCCACAGACAGAGCAGCUGUAGACAAAGUGUUCUUUGCUCGUAUGUUAGACCUUUUCAAAAUACUUGUGCCUCAGCCAUUUUGCAAAGAGGUGGGAUACCUCCUGUUCAUAGCUACAAUGCUUGUAGCAAGGACCUACUGUGAUGUAUGGAUGAUCCAUAAUGGAACCAUGAUUGAGAGUUCAAUUAUUGGACGCUCAACUGAAGCUUUCAAGAGAUAUUUGUUUAACUUUGCCACUGCUAUGCCUGCUGUGUCAUUGGUGAAUAACUUCCUUAAGCUGGGAUUGAACCAGUUAAAGCUCUGCUUCCGUGUGAGGCUCACCAGACACCUGUAUGAUGAGUAUCUGAAGGGCUACACAUACUAUAAAAUUGGUAACCUAGACAACCGCAUUGCCAACCCUGAUCAGCUUCUGACACAAGAUGUAGAGAAGUUCAGCAAUAGUGUGGUGGACCUGUACUCCAACAUCAGCAAGCCUCUCCUAGAUAUUUGCAUAUAUGUCAUCAAGCUGGCCUCCGCCAUUGGCUUUCAGGGUCCGGUCUGCAUGGUCAGCUACCUCGUUCUCUCUGGCCUGCUACUCACCCGCCUGCGUCGGCCUGCCAGUCACAUGACCGUCACAGAGCAGACCUACGAGGGAGAGUACCGCUACGUCAACUCUCGCCUCAUCACUAACAGUGAGGAGAUUGCUUUCUACAAUGGCAAUGUAAGAGAGAGGGCGAUCAUCCAUUCCACUUUCCAGAAGUUGGUCAGCCAUUUGCGCAACUUCAUUUAUUUCCGCUUUUCAAUGGGAUUUGUGGACAGCAUAAUUGCCAAGUAUAUCGCCAUGGUGGUGGGCUACCUGGUGGUCAGCAGACCAUUCCUGGAUCUCUCCAACCCUCGCCAUAAUCACAGCACACACUCUCAACUGCUGGAGGAAUACUACCAGAGUGGGCGGAUGUUGAUUAGUCUAGCUCAGGCCCUGGGCAGGAUGGUGCUCGCAGGCAGGGAGAUGACCAGGCUUUCUGGCUUCACAGCACGCAUCACAGAGAUCCAGAAGGUUCUGAAAGACCUGAACCAGGGCAGAUAUGAGCGCACCAUGGUCUCUCAGCAAGCCAAAGAGACUGGAGAGGCUGACAGAAUCUCACUGGUUCCUGGAAGUGGGACCAUAGUCUACUUAGAUCACAUAAUCAGGUUCGAACACAUUCCUUUAGCGACCCCUAAUGGAGACAUUCUCAUCAGAGAUCUAUCCUUUGAGGUGACCUCAGGUACUAAUGUGCUAGUGUGUGGACCUAACGGCAGUGGGAAGAGCUCUCUGUUUCGAGUUCUGGGAGAGCUUUGGCCUCUCUUCGGGGGGUGCCUCACCAAGCCGCAGAGAGGGAAGCUGUUCUAUGUCCCUCAGAGGCCUUACAUGACGCUGGGCACUUUGCGAGACCAAGUGAUCUACCCUGACACAGUGGAGAACCAGAGACAGAAGGGCAUCUCUGAUCAGGUACUGAAUGAGUAUCUGGCUGCAGUGCAGCUGGAGCACAUUCUGCAGAGAGAAGGCAGCUGGGACGCACAGCAGGACUGGAUGGACAUCCUGAGUGGAGGAGAGAAACAGAGGAUGGCGAUGGCCCGGCUCUUUUACCACAAACCCCAGUUUGCCAUCCUGGACGAGUGCACCAGCGCAGUGAGCGUGGACGUGGAGGACUACAUCUACACCCACUGCAGAAAGGAGAGCAUCACUCUCUUCACAGUCUCUCAUAGGAAAUCCCUGUGGAAACACCAUGAGUACUACCUGCACAUUGACGGGAGAGGGGGCUACGAGUUCAAGCCAAUCACACAAGACACGGCGCAGUUUGGCUCUUGACAUCAUCUGGUGAUGACGCUAGCGAUGACGCACAACUAGGGGACUGCCGGAGCGCAGUUCAUUUGUGCCUAGUGGAUCAGUUUUAAAUUACCUGUCCUGAAGUAUUUUAUUACUAUUUAUGAAGUGAUUGUGUGUGCCUGCUGUAACAUGUUGGUAUGCUUAGAAAAUGCCUUUACGGAUGAUUAGGUACACAAUGACAAUGUGAUUACUGGUCAUUUUGGGCAGAGUGGUGACUAGCACCUCACCAAAUGAUGAACUUGUUAGUAUUAUGAUCUUUUAUAAGUUAUGUUUUUAUACAAGGAUCAGUGCACCUAGUAAUGGGCAGUAUAUUUGCUGUAAAGAUGAUCUAUGAAUUUAAUUUAUGUCAAUAUAUGUAUAUAAUGUUACAUUUUAUAA